CACGUAAUCGUAUAUAACAAGACAGUGUGACGGUCAUGGCGGCUAUCGUUCGUCCUCGUCUCGUGCAUCCUACUGUCCGUCUCCUACGGCGGGGAUUCCAAACUAAUCGACCUAACCAGCAAGACUACAAGCUCGUGAAAGUAGCCGAUGUGGAGAGUUUUAUCGAAAGAUGUAUGACUAAAGUUGGCACUACGGAAGCUCACGCGAGGCAGCUUGGGCAAGUCCUGACGGCUGGCGAUGUCCGAGGACACUUUAGCCACGGUCUAAAUAGACUUGAGAUGUAUGUCCAUGAUAUACAAGAAGGGACAACGGUUUACACUGGCAAGCCUACUGUUGUCAAACAGACUGCAGCUACAGCCUUUGUCGAUGGCAACAAUCUCCUUGGACCUGUUGUUGGUAACUUUUGUAUGGAUCUAGCCAUCAACAAGGCCAAGGAUGUUGGUGUCUCUUGGGUUGUUUGUAAAGGCUCGAAUCAUUAUGGUAUUGCUGGGUGGUAUACAUUGCGUGCUCUAGAAGAAGGACUAAUUGGUAUCAGUGUGACCAACACAUCUCCAUUGGUUGUUCCUACCAGAGGAAGAGGGGUGACACUUGGUACCAACCCAAUCUCUGUAGCAGCCCCAGCACAAAAUGGGGACAGCUUUGUACUUGACAUGGCUACAUCAGCUGUAGCUUUGGGAAAGAUAGAGAUGAAUCGUCGCAAAGAUAUCCCAAUACCACAUGGAUGGGGAGUUGAUGCAAAAGGACUGGAAACAUUGGAUCCAGUAGAUGUCCUUGAUAGAGGUGGUGGCCAGUUACCACUUGGCGGCACAGAGCUAACAAGUGGUUACAAGGGCUAUGGUCUUGCCAUGAUGGUCGAGGUUCUAUCUGGAAUACUUGCUGGAUCUGCAGUAGGACCAGACAUACGCCUUUGGAAGGGUGACCCACGCACUGCCAACUUGGGCCAAUGCUUUGCUGCUAUCAAUCCUGCCAUGUUUGCCCCUGGUUAUGAAGACCGUAUGCAGAGAUUGAUGGAUCAUUGUAGGAAUAUGCCCCCUGCGGAAGGGGAGGAUGGUGUAUUGGUAGCCGGCGAUCCAGAGCGUCUUCACAUGCGCAAAGUUGAGCAGGAAGGAGGGAUUCAGUACCAUGUCAAUCUGCUUGAUGCACUGGACAAGCUUGCAGAUCAGCUGAAGGUUGCACCGAUGCCAUCACAAUAAUUGUAUUUCUCCAGAAGUUUAGCUAGAAAAAAAAACACUUACAGCAGCUCAAGGCGUGUUAACAUACUUUUUGGGGACUGUUUCUAAACCAGAAAACAGAGAAAAUAAUCAGUGUGUAGGAUUGUUUGAAAGAAAUCAUGGAUACGCCAAUAUCAUCAUCGUAGAGAACAUUAGUUAGCGACGAGAAGGUCUACGUUUUUGAAGUCUAAACAUGGUGGGGUGGGGGGGGGAGGUGCUCAGUCAUAGGUAUCAUAUGGAAAAAGCAUUUGAAGAUUCCUUAAUAAGAAAUGACCCAUUUUUUGGCCGCCAAGGGGGGUGCGCAGGGUGCGCGUGUGAACGCGCCUGCUAAAUUAGCGAUCCAAUAUGCUCUUUGUAGUGAACUGGUAGUGUUUUGAGCGAGUAACCAUGGUUAUUGUUUUGGAUAGACUUUUUAGAUGUCGUACAUAAUUGCUCGAAUAAGCGCCAAGGCGCUUAGAACAUUUUCCAUGUCCAGGCGAGGCGCUUAUUCAUGCAAUUGCGAUAGAUGCAUUGGUAAUUACACUAGUAAGAACAUUAUAUAGUUUAUAGUGUUUUCUUAAUGAUUAUGAUGAGCUUCAAAAGCUGUUGUUUUGUUAGUUUGUUUUAUUUAUAUGGCAUUUUAUUUUCCGACGUUUUUCAUUCUUUUUCUCUUUCUUGGUUAUUUGUACCUUUGGUUGUCUUACAGAGACUUACAGAAAAUAUUCCGUAAUGAUUACUUCUCUUGUCAUAUUUUGCCCCAACUGGAUCAUCUUGUUUUGUGCGCAUUUCAUCUCAUUUCACUCCCAGCAGCUGGUUUUGUAUUAGUGUUAACUACCGUUUGUAGCUUUACUGUUACGUCUAUCAAACUCAUUCAAAAGUCUCACUAUCUGAAUAAAUCAUGACUUGACGCUA